AUGUCCAGUGGUAUUGCAGACGUUAGAAAAAAAUUGGUUAUUGUGGGAGAUGGUGCCUGCGGGAAGACCUGUUUAUUGAUUGUCUUUUCUAAGGGUGCCUUCCCCGAGCUGUACGUUCCUACUGUUUUUGAGAACUACGUGGCAGACGUCGAGGUGGACGGAAGAAGAGUCGAGUUGGCCUUAUGGGAUACUGCCGGUCAAGAGGACUAUGACAGAUUGAGACCUCUAUCUUACCCAGACUCCAACGUCAUUUUGAUCUGUUUUUCUGUCGACUCUCCUGACACUCUCGACAACGUCCAGGAGAAGUGGAUUUCGGAAGUCCUGCAUUUCUGUCAAGGUGUUCCAAUCAUUCUUGUUGGUUGUAAGAUCGACUUGAGGAACGAUCAAGCCACCAUCCAAAAACUGGCACAGUUGGGUCAACAACCAGUGUCAACCUCUGAAGGUCAAGAGGUGGCUGACAAGAUCAACGCAUUAACGUAUAUGGAAUGUUCUGCUAAAUUGAACCAAGGUGUUAGAGAGGUUUUCGAGGCUGCAACUAGAGCUACUUUGGCAAGCAAGGAAAAGGAAACCAAGAAGAAGAAGAAGAAGUGUGCUAUUUUUUAG